AGGAAUAAAGUAUUAAAAUUGCAAUUAUUUUUUUUUCCUGUGUAGUUUUAAUGGAAGAGAAUCCAUAAUGGAUCGCAUGAGACCUGUGUACGUGACGCAGAAGAGCAGCGUUGCCACGCCGACGGGCGGCGGCGGAGGAGCUCCGGCCUCCCCCAUGACCACCUCCCCCAUGCGCCGCCAUGCUCGGUCUGGUUCCACCGGCGUCGCCGCCGGCAACCUCAAGCGUCCUCACAACGCCAAAGCCGCCGCCCAAAGGCUCGCUCAGGUCAUGUCCAAUCAACAGGGUGGCGGCGGCGGCGGCGACGACGAUGACGAGGAGGAGGACGACCUCUUGUAUGACUACAGCCCCGCCACCUCCUCCGCCAGCAUUGGCCUCGCCGGUGGAAGAUCCGCCGUUGCUAGGCCUCGUCCCGCGUCAGUUCGUACCUCUGUAGACCAGACCAAAUCAGGUGGCCGAAUUAUGAGUUCUGUAGAACAACCACCUCCAUCAUCGACUCAUUCAACAUUGACACGGCCAUCUCCUCCCAAUAUUGUAGAACAACCUCUAUCUGCUCGUUCUGCCUUACCUAGCCGAUCAUCUCAAUCCUCCAACUUGGUGGAACAAGUACAACCUCCAUCUGCUCGCCAUAGUUCAGUUGGCCGAUCAUCGCUGUACUACUCCACGGAACAAGUAGAACCUCCAUCUGCUCGUUCUGCAUCAGCUCUUCGAUCAUCUCAAUCCACCGGCUCCUUGGAACAACCUCUGUCUGCACGGUCUACCUUGGCUGGCCGUCCAAGUAUAGGAGUUAAGAUUCCUAUGGUACCUCCUUGCAUACCCAUAAAACUGAGGCCACAAGCUUCUGUCAUUUCAGCAGAUGCUCCUCCUGAUACUCGAAGGGAUAAAAGGUUGUCUCUAGAUAUGGGAAGUAUGAACUUUAGAGAAUCUGGUGUUCAGCGUUCUACUUCUGCUCUACAGGAUGAGCUCGAUAUGCUACAAGAAGAAAAUGAAAGUUUACUCGAUAAGCUUCGAUUUGCAGAGGAAAGGUGUGAUGAAGCAGAGGCAAGAGCCAGGCAGCUUGAGCAACAGGUUGCUAAUCUUGGAGAAGGUGUAUCCCUAGAAGCCCGAUUGUUGUCCAGGAAGGAGGCAGCCUUGCAGCAAAGAGAGGCUGCUUUGAAAGUUGCAGCACAAACAUAUGGUGGCAGAGGUGAAGAUAUUCAGUCCCUUCGGAUGGAAUCUGAGUCUGCUAGGGAAGAAGCUGCAUCUGCUUUGGAGCAGCUCCACGAUGCUGAUAUUGAAAAUAAAUCACUUCGAAUCAUGACUCAGAGACUGAUACUGUCUCAGGAAGAGAUGGAAGAAGUUGUUCUUAAGAGGUGUUGGCUUGCUCGAUACUGGAGUUUAUGCGUUCACCAUGGUAUUCAUGCAGAGAUAGCUACAGCGAGACAUGAACACUGGUCAUCCUUUGCCCCUCUUCCUGUCGAAGUUGUUUUAGCUGCUGGACAGAAAGCAAAAGAUGAAAACUCAUUAGUGAACAACAAUGCAGAGGAAAGGGAAAAGGUUCUUCAUGACUUAAAUGAACUAUCUGCAGAGGGAAACGUCGAGAGCAUGCUUUUAGUGGAGAAGGGUCUUAGGGAAUUGUGUUCACUGAAGGUAGAGGAUGCCGUAGCAAUUGCAAUGGCUCAACAUCGUCGGUCAAGUUCAGCGAAAUCUGGUUUAACAGAUGACCUGAAGUUACCAAUUGAGGGACAUAAUUUUUCAGAAGCUUUUGAAUUGAGCCAAGAGGAGUCUGAUGAUGUUCUUUUUAAGCAGGCUUGGCUAACGUAUUUUUGGAGAAGGGCGAAAAACCAUGGGUUAGAACCAGACAUUGCAGAGGAGCGCCUGCAAUUUUGGAUUAACCAUGGGACUCAGUCACCCACCUCAACUGACGCAGUUGAUGUUGAACGUGGCCUUGUGGAGCUCAAGAAGUUAGGGAUCGAAACCCAGUUGUGGGAAGAAUCGCGCAAGUUGAUCGAUCCCAACAGUAAAAUGCCAAUUCACUGUGACUUUUGAUUUCCAUUUUUCUUUUUCAUUUUUUUCCCCUUUUCUCCCUUUGGGGAUCUCUUUUCUUUCUAUUAUUUUCUCCCAAAGAGUGCUUUUGUUAGGCUGCUCUUUAUAUGAGUUACAUAUUAUAUACAUAUUGCAUCUUAUUUUUAUCA